AGAGGAAUAUAUAUUUAGUUGACAGUUCUUCCAGUUACACCUGCACACGACACAAGAGUCUCCAAUCCAAACCGGUACACACGGCCUGCAGACAAAGGUUAGAUUGCCAGAAAAGCUACCGUCAACAACAGACAGAGUGGCCUGGCUAGAACUAUCGUGGCAGAAAGUUAAUCAGUCUGGCUUGGGCCCCGCCCCCCGCCUCUGCAGCUCGCGAAUCAACGAAAGGCGUGUGUUUUUGUGCCAUUCAUUCCCGACCCGACCGCGUGUGUGUGUGAGUGGACGCAGCGUGAAGAAGAAGCAGAAGUUGAAGGAGGGCGAAAGUGUGUCGCGUGAAAAAAGUGCGAGAUAUUUUUGGGCAUAAUUGAAAGCAGGAACCAUGGCCGCUCAAGAGAACUCGGAUGUUUCCACAAAAUUCUCCACGCUGAACGUGAACGCAGUGGAGUUCGUGCCGAGCUUCAGCUACGGUGGUCCUGCCAGCACAGCGGCUGUGGUAUCGGCGCAAGCAGAGGGAGAAGCGCCGCCGCCAGCGGACACCCAGCCACCUGGAGCAGGGUCGGGAUCAGCCACACCAGCCACAACUCCGGACUCCACCGGCAGCGGGGGAUCAACAAAUGCCUUGGUAACGGCCGCCGGAGCAGCAGUGGCAGCAGCAGCAGCAGCAGUGGGACCUGCGGAGACACAAGCGGGAUCCUUGUCGGCCGCCGCCUCCAACUCAGCCUCGCCCGCACCGGGUUCGCCGGCUACCACGCCUUCGACGGCGGCAGCGGGGCCAAUUGAGAACGUCAGCGCGUCGGACAAAGUUGCAAACAAUGAAACCGAUCCCGCUGAUAGCUGGGAUGUGGAAGACGAUACAGUCAUAACUCCUGAAGACGAAGAGGCCGAGGAUGAGUUCUUGGAGGGCGAGGCCACGCCAAAGGUGUCCAAAAAGAAGAUCGUGAAGGUCGAGGAGAACAGAAGCAAGCGGGAGCAUGUGAACGUAGUGUUCAUUGGCCAUGUUGAUGCUGGCAAAUCAACAAUUGGCGGACAGAUCAUGUCGCUCACAGGGAUGGUGGACAAGCGGACGCUGGAGAAGUACGAGCGUGAGGCACGUGAAAAGUCGCGAGAGAGCUGGUACCUCUCCUGGGCGCUGGACACAAACCAAGAGGAGCGCGACAAGGGCAAGACCGUGGAGGUGGGGCGAGCGUUCUUCGAAACGGACCGCAAGCACUUCACCAUCCUCGACGCCCCAGGCCACAAGAGCUUUGUGCCGAACAUGAUUGGCGGAGCGGCACAGGCAGAUCUGGCUGUUCUGGUCAUAUCGGCGAGAAAGGGUGAAUUCGAAACGGGAUUCGAUCGAGGCGGACAGACCCGGGAGCACGCCAUGUUGGCCAAGACAGCGGGCGUUAAGCAUCUGGUCGUGCUGGUCAACAAAAUGGACGAUCCAACAGUCAAUUGGGAUCAGACGCGUUACAACGAAUGCAAAGACAAGAUACUACCAUACCUCAAGAAGCUGGGCUUCAAUCCAGCCAAGGAUCUUACCUUUAUGCCUUGCUCCGGUCUCAGCGGCUACGGCCUAAAGGAUCAAAUUCCAGAGUCCAUCUGCCCAUGGUACAGAGGGCCCGCGUUCAUCCCAUUCAUCGAUGAACUGCCCUCACUCAAUCGCAAGUCUGACGGGCCCUUCAUCAUGCCCAUUGUCGAUAAAUACAAGGAUAUGGGAACAGUCGUAAUGGGAAAAGUGGAAUCCGGAAUGGCGCGCAAGGGUCAAAACUUGCUGGUGAUGCCCAACAGGACACAAGUGGCCGUAGAUCAACUGUUCUCCGACGACUUUGAAGUCACAUCUGUUGGUCCCGGCGAGAAUGUCAAGAUCAAGCUGAAAGGCAUUGAGGAAGAGGAUGUCUCGCCUGGCUUUGUACUCUGCGAUGCCACUAAUCCCAUCAAGACGGGAAAAAUCUUCGAUGCUCAGGUCGUUAUAUUAGAACAUAAAUCAAUUAUCUGUGCGGGUUAUUCGGCCGUCAUGCACAUACACUGCGCUGCCGAAGAGGUCACAGUAAAGGCCCUCAUCUGUUUGGUUGACAAAAAGUCUGGUGACAAAUCAAAAACACGUCCACGGUUCGUUAAGCAGGAUCAGGUUGCAAUUAUGCGAAUCGAAUGCUCCGGAAUGAUUUGCCUUGAACAGUUUAAGCUCUUCCCACAAAUGGGUCGUUUCACGCUAAGAGAUGAAAACAAAACCAUUGCCAUUGGUAAGGUACUGAAGGUGGUCGAAUAAAUUGAGCCAAGCUACAUUCUAGCGCCCGCCUUUCACUGCGACUUUGAGAAUAGCCUUGCACGCCACGACGAGAGACAACAGCAACAACAACAACGCCACGCUUUCUUCAUAUUUUACAAAACGAAAAAAAACCCAGGCAGUUACACCCUCAUACACCACAUACCGUUCUUUUACGUUUACCAGCAAUAGCAAUUGAUUAUACAUUGAUUAGAGGAAGUUUAUAUAUAGCAAACGACAUGAAUCGCUGAAUCGGAUGCGCGUUCCCAGAGCCCGGAGAACGGGCAAACGGAAAGUUCGUUUACAAAACCGAAAAGACAUUCAGCUGGGACUGGGACAGGCUGAGAGAUCGAAACGGAAAUGCAUUAUAUACGAAAACAUAAACUAUAUUAUGUGCAACUAAAAGAAAAUCGGUAGCAAGACCAUUUGCGAAACAAGAUGUACUAUUUAUAUAUAUACACAACAAAAAAACACAUACAUAUAUAUGCAUAUAUAUAUAUAAAGCGUAUACACAGAACAGUAUAUAUAUAUGUAUGCGAAGCGGGAGAGACAUGCCGAUGCCGAUGAUGAUAAUUGAUUACGUAUGAUAACACGCAUAAAAUAGGUUCUUAUUACAAUUUGCGUUUGUUAAGGCCCACAACACUCAGCGUACGAGUAGCCGCCGUCGUUUUAUUUUUAUUUUUGGUCUAUUACUUUUGUAUAAACUGUAAGCAUUAUAUAACACGUACACGUACAUGCCUAAAUCACGCGCGCAAGUCGUGACAUUUUUUAAAAACUAAAAAAAAAAACUAAAAGCUGCAAGCUACCCAAUUUUUAUAUUUAUACAAGCGAAAAGUAAGAAAUAUAUCCGAACCGGUCUCCGUCACGCCACGGUUCCCCAAUAGAUUUCCCCCAUACCACACCGCCCCCCUCCAUAGAUUUUCCUUUUGUAUGAGCCUUUAAAUUGCAAAUAUGUUAAAUAAUUCCGGCUAAAUCGAUUACGAUUAUUUACCCAUCUUCUAUUUUUUUUACAAAUACAUAUAUUAUAUAACUAAAGGCUUUAAUUUAAGUUUAAGCCCCAAAAGGAUCUUUGAAAAAAGUUAGCUUGAUUCGUAAGCUCAAAAUGAUAGAUUGUUUGAAAUCAUUAAACUAAAACAAAACAAACAAAACACGAAACAGAAAUCGAAACUGUACGGGUGAACAUUAUCCAUUACGUAAAAAUGUAAUUGUUAAUUUUAUAUUACUUACUUUAUAUUCUAUUCACUUAAAAGCCAAUCCCCAUAUUUGUUUUGCUACCACAAACGAAUUUGAUUUGAUUUUUUUAUAAUUUAGUUAAUUGAAGAAAUCGUGCAAAAACCACACGAACCAAUACGAAAAACCCCAAUUAUGAAGGAACAAAAUAAAAACGCCUUUUUGCUAUCAAGCAGAAACAAAAAACACAAACA